AAAUUAUUUCGAAAACAUUAAUAAUCAAAAACGAAUAAGAGAGAAAUUACUCUAGAAAAAUUUUCAUACUGUCAUCAAUAAUUAAAUAUCAAUCAUCAUUAAAUUACUCCUUCAUCAGUAAAAGAGUUAAAUAUAAAUCGCAGUUACAAUGGCAGAACCAGUGACUACAGAUACCGGCAGACUAGUUAAAAUGGAAGUUGAUUACACCAGUAAUUGUGAUGUUAAAAUUCCUGAAUGUAAAAAAUUAGCACAAGAAGGAAAACUUCAUGAUGCACUUGAUCAGCUUUUGGUUUUGGAAAAAUUAACUCGAACGGGCGCUGACAUGAUUUCAACCUCACGAGUACUUGUAGCAAUAGUAGAAAUUUGUUUCGAAGCUAAAAAUUGGGCUGCAUUAAAUGAACACAUUGUGCUAUUGUCUAAAAGACGUUCUCAAUUGAAACAAGCUGUUACGAAAAUGGUCCAGGAGUGCUGUACUUAUAUUGAUAAAACUCCUGACAGAGAGACGAUGAUCAAACUCAUUGAAACUUUGAGAUCUGUUACUGAAGGAAAGAUUUACGUUGAAGUUGAACGUGCUCGUUUGACUCACCGUCUUGCUAAAUUAAAAGAAGAAGAUGGUGAUAUUACUAACGCAGCAUCAAUAAUGCUGGAGCUUCAAAUCGAGACGUAUGGUAGCAUGACCAAACGAGAAAAAGCAGCUCUGAUACUUGAACAAAUGCGUCUUUGUUUGGCUAAACAAGAUUUUGUUCGAACACAAAUAAUUGCCAAGAAAAUUAGCAUCAAGUUCUUUGAAGAUCAGGAUGACCCAGAAACUCAAACACUUAAAUUAAAAUACUACGAAUUGAUGAUGGAACUGGCAAAGCAUGAAGGCUGGUAUUUAGAACUGUGUCGUCACAACCGCGCCGUCCUGGAGACUCCAACAAUAAAAGAUGACCCUACAAAACGUCAUACCGCACUCUCACGUGCUGUUUUAUAUUUAGUUUUAGCUCCACAUGAGCCGGAACAAGCAGAUCUAACUCAUAGAUUACUUGCUGAUAAAUUAAUUGAUGAAAUACCGACUUACAAAGAACUGCUACGACUUUUCGUCAAUCCCGAGCUUAUCAAAUGGUCUGGACUCUGUGACAUUUAUGAGCAAGAAUUACGAGCAACUGAAGUUUUUACUGCGUCCACAGAAGAAGGACGUAAACGAUGGACUGAAUUACGAAAUCGUGUCGUUGAACAUAACAUAAGAAUAAUGGCCAAGUACUACACGAAAAUAACUUUGACUAGAAUGGCUGAGUUACUUGACUUGCCAGUAGAAGAAACUGAAGCUUGUCUAUGCAAAUUAGUUGAAACUGGAGUAAUAAGCGCACGUACUGAUAGACCAGCUGGAGUUGUACGUUUUACUGGUACUCAAGAACCUGCUGCUGUUCUUGAUGCCUGGGCUGCAUCACUAAAUAAAUUAAUGAGCCUUGUAAAUCACACAACGCAUCUCAUUCAUCAAGAAGAAAUGCUUGCCGUCGCUAACGCGUGAAGAAUGUCACAACUUCACGUUUAUAUAUUAUAAUAAUUUUUUUUUUUUUUUCACUAUUGAUCCAAAAUAAGAUUCAAUUAUUUCUACAUUAAUACUAGAUAUUUAAUGAUAAAGAGACAUUAAUAAAGGUGUAAAAAAAAGAAAAUAAU